GUUUUGUGGGGGUUUUUUUCUUUCAUAGGAAUUGAAACCUGAUAUAGUAACUAAAUCUGCUCUUGGUGAUGAUAUCAACUUUGAAAAGAUCUGCAAAAAGCCAGAUUCUUCUGCAACUGAAAGGGCAAUUGCCCGACUAGCCGAACAUCCUCUUCUAAAGAAAAAAAUAGGUAUACUAAAAGCUGCUGUCCAAGCCUUUAAAGAUGCAAGACAAAAUACUACUGAAGUUAAUACUACAGAAGGAAAUCAUUCUAAGGACACUUUGUAUUCAGAUGAUGAAGAAAGUAAGUCACAGCAUGAAAGAACUAAGACCACUGAGCAGAAAUUGAAAGAAGCCAAAACACAGGCAAAGAAACCAAUAAAUAAUUCAAAAGAAAAAAUGGCCACAAUGGAACAUGGACCGAAAGCAGUGAACAUUCCAAAUUCUCUAUCAAAGCUUUUAGAAAACAAUUCUGUAGUUACCCCUCAGUUCCAGAAGACACCUGCUGACCCACACAUGAGAACAUUAAAUAAAAAGAAAGGGUCUGAUAACUUGCUUGGUGAUGACAGUGAUGGCGAGGAAGAAUUAUUUGAAGAAGAAAAGGAAUAUUUUGAUGAUAGCACAGAAGAAAGGUUCUACCAACAGUCUUCCAUGUCUGAAGACAGUGAUAGUGGUGAUGACUUCUUCAUUGGAAAAGCCAGACGGACACGAAAAAAGGAAAGUGGUUGCCGUACUUCAGCUAAGGAACAAAAACCUCUCCACCAAGUGUUACCCAAAGAAGAUAUCCGUGAAACUAACUGGGAUUGCGAUGUAAAAAAUAGAAAUGACAAAAACAAGUCAAGUACAGAAGCCGGGAAGUUAGAAUCAGUAUUUUUUCACUCUUUAUCUGGAUCUAAAAGUUCUAGAAGGGAGCAUAGAGAACAAGCUCCAAAAAGCAAAAUCUCAGAUUUUCCAGAAAAUGAACCUCCAAUUAAGAACCAGUUUAAAAACAGCACACAAAGAGGACUUAAAAAUACAAAACAGCCAUUAAACACGCCUCUUCAUCCUUCAUGGGAAGCAAGCAGAAAACGAAAAGAACAGCAGUCUAAAAUUGCUGUGUUUCAGGGGAAAAAAAUUAAAUUUGAUGACUGAUUAGUACCUCUUUUUGUGAAUUACCUAUCUCAAAUAGAUUAUUUCUUUUUUUUUCUAAUCUAUUAUUUUAAAUUGUAUUUUUUAUUCUCUCUGGAGGGCUUAUAGAAUGCUUGCUUUUUAUUUUUUUAGAUGAGUUUGUGAUUAUAGAGGCCUUUUAUAAAUUGAGUGCCUACUUAAAUUUAUUUUAAUGGUAUGCCCCAAGUUACUACUUUCUUAAGAGAUUUUGGAGAUUGUAGCAGUCAGUCUAAGGUUUUCUCAUUUGGGCUUAUUGUGAACUAUAUUUUCCUAGUUCAGCUUUGAAAUAUCAAACUAUAGUUAAAAUAAUGAUAGAUAAGGGCCGGGGAUUUAGCUCAGUGGUUCUACCACCUGCCUAGAAUGCGCAAGGUCCUGAGUUCGAUCCCCGGUAACAAAAGAAAUGAUAGAUAUACAUGAAAUCAUAAUUAUUUUAAAUAGAUCACCUUUGUUGUAAUUUAUUGUUAGCAAACAAAAAACAGUAACUUUUAUUCUGGGUGUACAGAUAAUAUUAUGUAAGUAAAUAUUUUUAUUUUAGUUUUGAUUAUUUGUGUUCACAUACAUUUUCACUAUCCUAAAAUAGUUUUUCAGAACAAUGUUUGGUUUCUUAAUUAUAUUUCAGUCAUUUAGGCAAAUUGUUUAAAUGUACAAACACAGCCAAAAAUCAGUUUUGCAUUUUACUGUAUAGAAGUAUUUCCAUGAAAUCAAGAAUGUGUAAUAUCUAGUUAUUUGACCAUUUAGUCUCAUAGAAACAUUUUUUGAAGAGCUGUAGGUUGUAAUUUGCAGAACAAAUUCUAGAAAGGGGUGGAAUUGAAAGCCUUUCCACUGAUGGCUGAGCAGAAAAGUUAUGAGCUUACUCCUAAGGGCUGCUUUAUAUUUUACAGUACUGUUACUUAAAAGGAAAACAAGAUUUUAAACUUAACUUCAAAUGUUUUAUUUUUUACUACUCUGUAAGAUCUGAAAGGUUAUUGAUUAAACAAUGCUAACUAAAUUCCA